CCGGGAGCGGGCCGUGAGUGUUGCGGGCGCGGCGCCCGGGCGUCUCCGGGUUGGGGAACGUGAGAGAUCCUUUUGGAGACGGACAGGCUGGAGGUCAAACGAGCAUCCAGAGAAGAGCUUAGGUCCAUGGACAGCCUUCUUUGGAAAUAACUCUCUGCCACGAUGUCAGCGCCCGCGGCGCGCAGUCGGAAUACCGGUGACGCCCUGGGUGUGCCUUCUUCCCUAAAGGGCCCAUCCGCGAAUGGUCUCGGCCUCGGGAGCAGCCAGAAGCUGCGCGCGAAGUCGGCCGUGUGCGAGCGCGAGAACGACGACCCUUCGCGGGGCUCCGCCGGGAGGCGCGGAGAGGUAAACUGCACCUACGUCAUUUCUGCCCGUCAAACGCCCGGGGACACGGCCCUCACCCCCAGCCCCGCCGGCCGACUGGCCCUUCAGAGGAGAGUUACAAGGAACAGAGAGUCCUCGUUGCUGGGGACUGGGCUGGGAGAGUCCCCCGGAAAAGUGGCGGAGACAAGCCUCACGCUACAGCGGCGCGCUCCAACAGGCUCCGCGGGCCGGCGCACCGCGGCGCGCACCGCGGCGGGGGCUCCGAGGGAGACCGGCGCAGGCGCAACGACGGUCAGUGGUGACACCCGCUCGCUGGCUGCGCCGGCGGCGCCCUCCGCGGAAGGCACGAAAGACGCUGAGCCGCUGGCUGGCGAGAAAUGCAAGGAACGACUUUCUGCCCUCAGCGGGGCGGAUGACAGCGUGACACUGCAGUACUUGCGACACAGCACGCCGGUCGGCCCCCGGAGUCGGACCCAGGUUGAGCGAUCAGGACACCUGGCCGGGAAACCGGCGCAGAGCAAGUGGGACACCCAGGUGCCGGGGCCGGGAAACUCGCGUCACCCCAGCGCUGGGAAGGACGCUGCGAAAACCACGCCUGAGUUCGGGAGCUCAGAGACGAGGACACCUGCCAAGCGCCCCGCGGAGCCCAGGCUGACCCCGCGGGCCGGCGCGCCGCGGCUCAAGAGGCCGGAAACCAGCUCGCCCGGCUUCCAGGUCCGACCAAAGCCGAAAGGCUCCCUUCUGGCCAACAAGGGGGAAGGGUCCCAAGAACGCACGCUUCCUCCCCAGGAAGAGAGUGCGGUCGGGGGCACCGCCGCAGAGAGAGGCCCCUUAAAAGUGGAGAGCAGCCAGGUGACGGUGGCCGUGCGCGUGCGGCCUUUCAGCAAGAGGGAAAGGGACGAGAACUCAGCCCAGGUGGUCUUCAUGGACGGGGAGGAGAUCGCCGUGAGACACCCUGACAUGAGGCACGUGUACAACUUUGUCUACGACGUCUCCUUCUGGUCCUUCGACGAGGGUCACCCGUGCUACGCCGGCCAGGCCGCCGUGUACGGGACCCUGGCGGCCCCCCUCCUCGCCCGCGCCCUGGAAGGCUACAACGCCUGCCUCUUCGCCUACGGGCAGACCGGCUCCGGGAAGUCCUACACGAUGAUGGGGUUUGGUGAAGAACCAGGAAUAAUUCCAAGAUUCUGUGAAGACCUUUUUGCUCAAGUCGCCAAGACCCCAGAGGUCAAACACCACUUCGAGAUGAGCUUCUUCGAAAUAUACAACGAAAAAAUCCACGACCUGCUGGUCUGCAAAGGUGAAAGUGGGCAGACAAAGCAACCGCUGCGCGUCAGGGAGCACCCCGUGUCCGGGCCGUACGUCGAAGCUCUGACCGUGAAUGCCGUGAGCUCCUACUCCGACGUCCAGGGCUGGCUGGAGCUGGGCAGCAAGCAGAGGGCCACGGCCGCCACGGGGAUGAACGACAAGAGCUCCCGGUCCCACGCGGUGCUGUCCCUGCUGGUGACCCGCACGCAGACGGAGUGUGUGGACGGGGAGGAGCUGGAGCACAGGGUGACCAGCCGCGUGAACCUCGUGGACCUGGCGGGCAGCGAGCGCUGCGGCCCGGCCGGGACCUGCGGGCAGCAGCUCAGGGAAGGCGUGAGCAUCAACAGGUCCUUGCUGACCCUGGGCAAGGUGGUGUCCGCGCUUGCGGAACACGGAGGCCGGAAGGGGGUGUUUGUCCCCUACCGCGAGUCGGUGCUCACAUGGCUGCUGAAGGAGAGCCUGGGCGGCAACUCGAAGACGGCCAUGGUUGCCACGGUCAGCCCGGCCGCCAGCAGCGUGGAGGAGACCCUGAGCACGCUGCGCUACGCGCGCCAGGCCCGCAGCAUCGUCAACGUGGCGCGCGUGAACGAGGACGCGAGCGCGCAGCUCAUCCGAGACUUGAAAGCAGAAAUUGAAAAGCUGAAAGCGGCUCAAAGAAGCCAUCAGAACAUCGACCCGGAACGAUACCGGCUCUGUCGGCAAGAAGUAGCCUCGCUGAGAAUGCAGCUGCACCGGCAGGAGCGGGACAUGGCGGAGAUGCAGAGGGCGUGGAAAGAAAAAUUUGAAGAAGCGGAAAGGAGAAAGCAUGAGGAAAUGAAGGAGUUACAGAAAGCAGGCAUCGCCUUCCGUAUGGACACCUGCUCGCCAAGCCUGGUCAACCUCAGUGCCGACCCCCAGCUGUCCGAGACGCUGUUCUACGUGAUAAAAGAAGGCACCACCACCGUGGGCAAGGGCGGCCCCACCUCCAGCCCCGACAUCCGGCUGUCUGGGGUGCUGGUGGCCGAGGACCACUGCACCAUCCGACACGUCGGCGGGGCUGUGAGCCUCGUCCCCCUGGGGGAGGCCAAGACCUACGUGAACGGCAGGCUCCUCUUGGAGCCCACGGAGCUGCACCAUGGUGACCGCGUGGUGCUCGGGGGGGACCACUACUUCAGGCUCAACCACCCGGCAGAAGUCCAGGCCGGGGAGGGGCCGGCCGGGGCGGACACCCCCACACGCCAGGGCCGGGAGGACUUCGAAUUCGCCAAGAACGAGCUGCUUGCGGCCCAGCGAGAGGAGCUGGAGGCCGAGGUGAGGGAGGCGCGGCUGCGAGCCAAGCAGGAGCUGCUGCGCAGCGCCCAGAUCGCCCAGGAGGUGGCCGCGCGCGAGCUCGCCGAGCAGCGGGCCGCCUACGAGCGCAGGAUCGAGGCCCUGGAGGCGCAGCUGAGGGAAGAGUCCCAGAGGAAGGAGACGCAGGAGGCGAGUAACCGGAAGGCUGCCCACCGCAUCGAGGAGCUGGAGCGGGCGAAGCAGCGCCUGGAGCAGGAGGUGCACGUCAGCAGGAAGCGGCUGGAGGUGGAGAGUCUGGCUGCCAAGCAGGCUCUGGAAGACCACAGCGUCCGCCACGCGAGGAUCCUGGAAGCCCUGGAGGCCGAGAAGCAGAAACUGGCCGAGGAGGUGCAGGUGCUGCAGCGCGGCCGGAGCGGCAGGGACCGGGCUCCCGCAGCUCGGCCCGGCUGGGGCGCCCUGAAGCUCUCCCUGAUGCUGCAGGAGGCCAACGCCAUCGGCAGCCGGCUCCGCAGCCGGCUCGAGUUCGGCAGGCACGAGCCGCUGGACGGAGGCUGCGGCACCGAGGCCCGGGUCCGGGUGCGGAACCUGAGCCUGGGCGUGUCCACCGUCUGGAGCCUGGAGAAGUUCGAGUCCAAGCUCGCCGCAAUGAAGGAGCUUUACGAGAGUGGCUGCACCAGCCAGGGCGAGGACCUCUUCUGCGACCCCGAGGACGAGUGGGAGGCUGACCUCGCGGGGGUCCCGGUCUCCUCGCUGUCGAGGAGGAGGAGCAGGAGCUUGGUGAAGAACAGGAGGGUCUCCGGCUACUUGCACGGCGUCCAGGCCCAGUCCGCUCGGAAGCCGCCUCCCUCCCGUGCACCAGGCUCGACGGAGGAGGCGGGCUGCGCGGACUGCGGUUCCUCCGGACCCCGCCUCCCCGGGAUCUGCAGAGACGUCAUCGGCUCGUCGCUGGCCGUUCUCGGGCAGAGUCACGAGGACAGGACGGCGGCGGACAGCCUGGUGCGAGACCUCCUCGACGUUUACGGCGGGCUGCUCGCCAUCGCCCGGGCUCACGCGGACCAGGACGAGGACGGCCAGGACGACCUGUUCUCCUCCGACUGCGCCACCCAGGCGCGGGCGGCCGGGGUCGCCUGUGCCUUCGGGCGGCUCGCCGUGCUCGCCACGCACUGGCCAGGCGACGCCCCUCCCGGCCCAGGCGCAGCGAGGCUGGGGGACGAGCUGAGGACGGAGGUGAGGAGGCUGGGCAGCUACUUGCAGGUGUUUCUGCAGGGCUGCUGCUCAGAUCUCUCGUCGGUGGUGGAGGACGCUCAGCAGAGAGUCGCCCGGGCCGUGCGACAGGCCGCCAAGUGUGUGGGACAGCUGGCGGCUCUCAGCGGGACUGACCUGCACCUCCCGGGGGACCGCGGGGCCCCGGACGCCGGCCUCCAGGAGGAUCUCGCGGACGCCGUCCGGGACGGCGUGGGCUCGGGGCUGAGCCUCCUGCUCGGCCGGGGGCUGGAGAAGGCGGAGGCGCUGCGGCGCGAGCUCCUGCGGCCGCGCCCGCAGAGCCAGGUCGCCCGGCAGAGGAGCGCCCGCGCCGCGGCCUUCACCGGGUCCCUCGGGCACGCCUUCGCCGAGUGGAAAACGCAGUGUUCCAGAAUUCAAGCACAGGGAGGCCGUUCUGGGUGCGAAGAUUUGGAGAGGAUGGUUGCGUGUGCCUCCGCAUUUCUGAAGCUGGAGCGUGGCUUAGAGCAGACCGCCGAAGUGGUUCUCUCUGCCCUGAGAGGGCCCAGCGGCGAUGCGGACCUCCUCAGGACCUGCGUGGAGAGUGUCUGCAGCAUGGCCCGGGGUGUGGCUGAGGACAUGGGUGCCGCCUCGGUGGCCAGUUGCAGGGACCUGGAAUCCGAGGCCCAGUCGCUCCUCCUCUGCUUCGAGCCUGAAGAGAGACCUGCCUCGCCAGCGCCCGGGGAGGCCCCUCAUCGGACUGGCGGAGCGGGGCAGCAGCCGUCCUGGGCCGGCGGGCCUGGCUCUGGCGGGCACAAGGGCGUCCCCAAGCGUGUCUACGAGCUGCCCACCAGCGCCCCGAGGGCCCCUCAGGGCUGCCUGCCCAGCAGGACCCAGUGGGUGUGAGCGGCGUGUGGGCUUGGGGAUGCGGUGUCCGCCUUCCUUCUGCAGGAGAUGCUGCCCAGCGGGAAGUGGCUGGCAGCGUUUCCAGGCUGUUGGUCGGCUGCGGGCCUCCCGCGGGGCUUGGGUGGCGAGUGCCAUGGGGACCUGCUUUAGGUGCUGGGACGCGCUGCCCCCCCGCGUUCCCAGAGCCGGUUCAAUAGGUGCUCACCGCAGAGACAUCGCGGCGAAGAGAGUGAAUGGAGGAAUCGACGCUGCGCGAGCGGCGCUCCUCUGGUUUCUCGCGGCCUCCACGUUGAGGUCCCCGUCUUUCGCACCUGCUCUCUGCUCGGUCCAUUGGCCGCCCAUUACCGCUGUGGCCGCCCUCCCUCCUGCCCGGAGCUCGCCGAGGCCCAUCCGGCUGCGCGGUCUUCGGGCUCCGCCUCCGCCCUGGCCUCCGCGGGCGCGCAGUGAGCGGUGUGCGCAUGUGCGCACGGGCGGCGCUGCCGUUCCAGCCCACGUGGUGGCGCACGGACUUAUGAACGAUGGGGCUCCCCGGCGCGGCAGGGGACUUCGCCGUCCAUCCCGGGGCAGGGCCGAAGGACUGUGGUGUCAAACCAGGGGCCGUGUCCGCGGUCACGCCCGGCUCUCGGCGGGGCCGCGAGACACAGGCGGGGCCGUGUCUUCACGCGCUUCGAUGAAGAUGAGACCCGUGUGCUGCGCCAGGGUUUUAACAAACCUUCGUAUCCACAGUCAAUAGAGGGGAUGUUCUGCUUGGGGGACCUUCUGGUAAGGAACUGGCGUGACAUUUUGCACCGCGAGCCUGUGCGAAAAUGGAGCAGCCACCUGGCGAUUCGCUGGGGGACCCCGACGUGACCCGCGGGAAGGGAUGCGCGCAAGGGAUGCAUGUGAUGAUGUCCUUGUCACGGACGCUUGUGGGGAACCCUGGCCGCGGAGUCACGACUGUCUGCAAACUGCGCGCGCGCAGUGGGUCCAGGUGUUUCACGGCGGCGCAGCGCGGCGGACCCUUUCUUCUUCCAGCCUUGCGUUUGGCGUCUGAGCUUGUAUCCCCGGGGAGUCCUGUGUGCACUUUCACCGGUGGUGGUCGCUCUGCCCAGUGGCCCUUGGGCUCUGAGUAUCAGGGCGUUCCCCGAAGGGCGAAGGGCGUACCUGUUUCCGGGGACCUGCUGGAGUGUCAGUGGGUGGUUCUCAACUCGACGUGCGGUAUUUAAUCUUCCUGUUACCCCACCCACAGUUUCACGGGUCAGAAACCAUUUAGAGUCUUUGCACAGUGUUGCACACGUGUUUACACUCCCAAGUGAACAGUUGCACCGUUCGCAAAUGAGCGGCGUGAAAUACGCUUGCUACCAGGAUCGUGUGCGCCGAUAAAUGUUACAAAGAGAACGCUUUUAAUAAAUCCUGU